AUGGCGUCGACGGAACAAUUACAUAUCUCCAACCUCUUCUCUCUUGAAUGCCAUGUCUGUCUUAUUACAGGUGGAGGCACUGGCAUCGGACUCAUGGCAGCCCAGGCUCUAUCAGCAAACGGUGCCAAAGUGUACAUCACCGGACGAAGAAAGGAAGUCCUCGAGAAUGCCGCCCGAUCGCACAACCCAAAAUCGUCUAACAAAUCUUUAAAUGGCCAAAUCAUCCCAAUUGGGCCCUGCGACGUGACGUCCAAGGAAUCACUAGAGAAGUUGACGGCCGAGCUGGAAUCCAAAGAGAAAUAUCUCUCUCUCGUAAUUGCGGCUGCAGGUGUCUCCGGCCCCAAGGGAUAUCCAGACACCGGCGACGCCAAGCAGAUGAAAGAGAACCUGUGGCAAGAACAAAUCGAGGAGUGGAAAGCAACCUACAACACCAACGUGAUUAGCGUAUUCUUCUCGGUGGUUUCCUUUCUGCCUCUUCUCCAACGUGCACCUCGAAAUCUCGAUGCAAGCGUCAUCGUCAUCUCUAGCAUGUCUGGUCUCAUGCGUCACUCUCAAGCACAUUUCGCAUACAAUGCAGCCAAAGCAGCUACCGCGCACUUGUCCAGAAUGAUGUCGAAGGAAUUCGCCAAGACCGGUGUCAGAGUGAAUAGCAUCGCCCCAGGGUACUUUCCGUCGGAGAUGACCAUGAAGGAGUCCGAUGAGCGGAAUAAGGCUCACAUGCCUGCUGAAAAGGUCAAGGAUAAGGGCCACGAGGUUCCUGCCGGACGGGCGGGGAGCGACGAGGAGAUGGCCAUGGGGGUUAUCUUCCUGACGAAAUGCGGAUACGUGAAUGGAGAGGUGUUGAAGUUGGAUGGAGGCGUUAUGAAUGAGGUCGGAGGUGGUUGA